CAUUUUCCUUCCUCUUUCUCUUUCGUUAGCAGGCAAUCACUAAGCCUCCAACUGGAAAGGAGUUGAAGGCAAGAACUGACCUGAAAGCAAAAACCAGACCUCAACAUCUCUUUCUGCCGAUUACAGACAGAUCAGAAAAGAGGCUGUGGAACCCGCGGGCUGACAGCAGGACGUGCUGAGGCUCGACCUGAGCUGGGACUACCCGGGCAGUCCCCUACCCGCGCAGAGGAGCCAGAUCUCCCUGGCAGCGCGCGGCUGAUCAUCUUCAAGAACGAGCAAUACCCAAACUGAAGGAAAAUACAUUGCACAAAAUAUUAAGAAAACUCCUUUUAAAAAAAAAAAAUUCUUUGGAGAAGCUGAUUUCCUUUGGCUAGCAGGAGAAAGCGGAGAAAAUGAGGCCAAGUCUGCGAUUUUUCUUAGCUGGUUUUCUGUUGUUGGUUCUGCAGACAGGGCUUUGCUAUGGGAUAAAAUGGAUAGCUCUGUCCAAGACUUCUUUUGCUUUGGCCCUGAAUCAAACCCAGCACUGCAAGCAGCUUGAAGGCCUGGUGGUUUCUCAGGUGCAGCUGUGCCGCAGCAACCUGGAGCUAAUGCAGACCAUUAUUCAGGCAGCACGGGAAGUGAUAAAGACCUGCCGUAAAACUUUUUCAGACAUGCGGUGGAACUGCUCUUCAAUAGAGCUGGCUCCUAACUACCUGCUGGACUUAGACAGAGGCACAAGGGAGUCAGCAUUUGUAUAUGCCCUCUCUGCUGCUGCCAUCAGCCACACCAUUGCCAGAGCCUGCACCACCGGGGACCUCCCUGGCUGUUCCUGUGGUCCCAUCCCAGGUGAGACACCUGGACCUGGGUAUCGAUGGGGAGGAUGUGCAGACAACCUCAACUAUGGUCUUAUCAUGGGGUCCAAAUUUUCAGAUGCUCCCAUGAAGAUGAAAAAAUCAGGAUCACAAGCCAAUAAACUGAUGCAUCUGCACAACAGUGAAGUAGGGAGACAGGUCUUGAAAGCCUCUCUUGAAAUGAAAUGUAAGUGCCAUGGAGUUUCUGGGUCAUGCUCUAUCAAGACCUGUUGGAAAGGCCUUCAAGAACUGCGAGACAUUGCAUUGGACCUCAAAACCAAAUAUUUGUCUGCCACCAAGGUUGUUCACCGGCCCAUGGGCACACGCAAAUACCUUGUGCCAAAGGAUAUUGAUAUCAGGCCAGUUAAAGAGACAGAGCUGAUUUACCUGCAGAGCUCACCUGAUUUCUGCAUGAAGAAUGAAAAAGUGGGGUCACAUGGGACCCAGGACAGACAAUGCAACAAGACUUCCAAUGGGAGUGACAGCUGUGACUUGAUGUGCUGUGGCAGAGGCUACAACCCCUACAUGGACAAAGUGGUGGAGCGUUGCCACUGCAAAUAUCACUGGUGCUGCUACGUGACCUGUAAAAAGUGUGAGAGAAGUGUCGAGAGAUAUGUGUGCAAAUGAAAACUCUCCUCUGCACACCUGGGAGCUAAGACAGCAGCAGCACCCCAGCACUGUUCAGAGAAGACAUUUCCUCGACUAGACGUCAUUUAUUUUGUAAAGACACAGACUUGAGGAGAGAUGGUAGGAGGAAAAGCAACAAUCACACCAGUAAAAAUGACAACGUAAAGAAACCUCCCAAAAAGCAACAAACCUACAAAUGUUUCUCCUCACCAAUAAAAUGCUCUCUGAGAAGACAAAACUUCAUUUGGGAUGGUAUCUUCUUCCAAAAUAUUUCCUAUGGUUGCCAAUGAUGUCCAGACGUCAAGUGCCUUAGUAUUCUGAGGAAUAAAUAUAGAAACUUUCCCUGGGGGGGAAAAAGGUACCAUUUGUUUGACAGUAACUAAGGCUCACACCUGCCUGUGCCUUCUAGCACAUGUUCUGAGUCUCCAUUAGGAUCAUCCCACAAAGGAAAAUGCUACAACUUUUCAGCAAUAACUGCCUUUGUUGCCAAAGACUUAAUUUUCAGCAAGGAAUCAUCCACUCUGAGUGAUAAAAAAGUGAAAAGAUUUCAGGUCAAUCCCCUGCAAUGAGCAACUAAUUUAAAUCUUUCUUUUACACAGGUCUGAAACUUUGAGCUGAUUGCUGAAGGAAAAUAUAUCAUUGAUUUGUCCAGGCUGGACAAAAUUCAGCCAUGAAAAAAAUCCCCUGGAAUCCUGGAGGCAGUGAGAGUAGGGUAGGCUGAGAAGGACUUUAUGGGGUCCACAAGACAGCAGUGGAGCCUUUAGGAUAAAAUAACAAAGUGAAAUCCAAGUCCAGUGGGAGAGUAAAGAAAAAAAGCAAGAUCCUGCUCUCUAUCUCUUUGCCCUGUGGGUGUGAUACUCUUAGUCACUGACAUUCUUCCACACUGACCCACCAAAUCCUUGGGGAAAUAUGCCACUGGAUUCUUCCCCCACAAGACUGUUGGUCCAACCUCAGGAAACUGCAGAGAGUGGAGCAGUCCCAGCUGUAGGUAGUACAUCCAUGGAAGUCAGCAGCUAUUCACAGCAGGAAAGAAUGGGAACAUGUCAGUCCUUCACGUGGCUCUGCCCUGACACAGCAGAGAACCACUAUCUGUGGCUGUACAUAUUUUCUUUUGUAUGCAGAUAUACAGAAAUAUUUAUGUCUUGUGCUUUCGUCUACUUUACUUCCUACAUAAAUAUAUCCUUAUAUUAUAAACAAGCAUUAACAAUAGUAUGAAA